GAACAGGCUGCUCCUCAAACACAGCACGGUGGAGCUGCCGCGGUCAAGUCCGGUCAGAGGAGAGCGUCCGCUGCGCACAUCUGGAUUUUGGAACUAGCGUUUCUGAUUGUAAUGACGGCGUUUUCGGUGGACUUUUCGUUGAAAGGAUGACCGAAAAGAGGAUUUAGAAUCUUUGGCUUUUUCAAUCAAAGCGUUGUCUUCAAGCUGCGGCGUUUUCAAUGUUGGAUAUAGUUCUGCUGCUCCCGCCAGGCUGAAAUCCUCCAGGGUCAGGACCUCCCUCAUGGCAGCUCUGCUCCUCGGGCUGCUGCUCUUUGCCAUGCAGUCUCCUCCGGUCCCCUCCAGGCCCGUGGCUGAGGAGGGGCCUCCUUCACCAACAGACAUGGCCUAUAAUGAGACCACCAGCCACCCCAACGGGACCUUCCAGCAGCUCCCGCAGAUCAUAAUCAUCGGUGUGAGGAAAGGCGGGACCAGAGCUCUGAUCGAGAUGCUGAGCCUGCACAGCUCGGUGGCAGCGGCUCAGAAUGAAGUGCACUUCUUUGACUGGGAGAGUCACUUUCAGAAGGGCUUGCCCUGGUAUCUCACCCAGAUGCCUUACGCCUUCCCCCAUCAGCUCACAGUGGAGAAGACCCCUGCCUACUUCACCUCCAGCAAAGUCCCGAGACGGAUCCACAACAUGAACCCGCAUAUAAAGCUGCUGCUCAUCCUGCGAGACCCCACAGAGCGGGUUCUCUCCGACUACACCCAAGUUUUCUACAACCGUCUGCAGAAGCACAAACGCUACCAGCCCAUCGAGUCAGUUCUGGUGAAGGACGGCAAGAUCAACCUGGAAUACAAAGCGCUAAACCGAAGUCUCUACCACAUCCACAUGCAGAACUGGCUUAAGUAUUUCCCGUUGACAAGCAUCCACGUGGUGGACGGGGAGGAGCUGAUCCGGGACCCUCUACCCGAGAUGAAAAAAGUGGAGAAGUUUUUAAAGUUGGAGCCUCAAAUAAAUGCUUCAAAUUUUUACUUCAACAAAACGAAAGGAUUCUACUGCUUGCGGGACCAUGGGAGGGAACGGUGUUUACAUGACUCUAAGGGUCGUGCGCAUCCUCGGGUGGCUCCCGAAAUCCUCCAGAAGCUCUACCAGUUCUUUCAUGAACCCAAUAAGAAGUUCUUUGAGCUGGUGGGUCGGACAUUCGACUGGAAGUGAGUUCUCCGUCCCCUCUACUAAACUCUCAAGAAAGCUAAUGUAUAUUAAACUGAAUUUAUUUUUCUACUAGUGUGUUUAUAUGAUAUCACAGCUUUUGUAUAAUGAUUUUCUGUUCUGCUGAAAUAGUUCAACAUCAAUAUGUUUAUAUCAAAAACCAUCAAUUUCAUUCAACUUACAGGGACAGAAACAAAAAAUAUUGUUCUUUAUGUUCUGCUAAAUAGCAAAAAAUGACGAAGCCUUAAAUGAACAUCGCAAAUGUUUCAUUUCUACUCAUAUAACAUAGAUAAUAUCAAACACCCUUACAUGUCAAAUUGUGUGUUCUCUGUCCAGUAUGUCAUUUCCUCACUCUACUGGAGGUUUAUUUUGAAGCACAACAUGAACACAGCUAUAUUAUUUGUCUAAUUCGGUCCUGAAACCAUCUUUUAUUAAACUCAAAAAGACAGACUGAAGUACUAAAUUAUCUGCCCUUUAGCUUAAAUCAAUCAGCUGGGAUGAACAGUAUAGUAAAGUACCGGCGUGUGUUGUCAACUAGUUUUUGCUUCAGUAUCACUUGUAGGUAAAGCCUACACCAGUUUACCAGCUAUUUUAGCUGGUAAACUGGUGUUGGCUUGUUCUGUUAUCGGUGAAAGUAUGAUGUCAUGCUCAGAGAAAUACUUCCUGUUCAAUUUCCUGGUACAAGUUUACGAUGUAAACAUCACAUUUUUUAGUCUUUAGAGCUUGGUGCCAAGUUUCUGAACUGCACAGUAACAGCUGCUGUAUCUCCACUGAAGCUUUCCAUACUUUUAAGGCCGAACCUUUUGGUCAUCAACUUACAUUUACUUUUAUGUUUAGUUGUUGAUUUUCCAUCACACACUUUUUCCCCUCUUGUCUUAAUGGUGAUUGGAGGACUCCAUUUGUGUAGUGGUGACGAUGCAGAAAAUGCAGCUCAGUGGCCACUAAACUGCUCUCUACUGACACGACAACAUGGCAACCAACUCAUGUUGGUCCCAAGCUAGAGGAAAGCUUUCAAACCAAGUGAUGUAUAUUCAUGAAUUACGGUGCGCAUCCUCUUAAUAUAAUCUUCCUGAAGUGUUGGAGGAACGGUUCCAUUAAAGAUUAUAUGUGAGUUGUAUUUGCUUACGGUGUUAAGGAGCUCAAACACAAGUCUAUAUGAUGCUUGACAGACAGAACGAACCAAAGCAAGAUGUGCGCCUGGAGGGAAAACAAAGUUGUUUUAUGGUUCAUAUUAUUUCAGUCAAUUAUUUAUUUUCACCCGGAUUGUUGUGGAUUGAAAAAAAAACCUUGUCCCCAUCAACUGUUUUGUCUUGAAGUAAGAACUGUUGUUUAUGCAGUAUGUUUAGGAUCGAAGCCCUCCAAAACACCAAAUACUAACAGAAGAAGCGACACAGACUGCACUCAUUGAAAUGUUCUGUUAUUACAACAAAGAUCUAGAACUGAAUUUGGACUGAAAAUGCGAUUUUUUUUCACGGCAUUUUAACAUAAACAUUGAUAUGCUGCUGCUUUCCUCUGUCACCCUUACGAUGAACUCUGUUUCAUAUAUGUCUGCAUUUGUGGAGGGUGUUUUUGAUGCUCGAAUGUUUUGGUUACACCACGUGCUCAUCCGCCUAAACUGUCAUUGUAAAUAUACUUUUUUUAAAAUGUGAAAUUAUUACCAUAAUAAAGAUAUA